UAAUCACAAUUGAAAAUCUCGACAUUUUUAAUCCUUUUGGUGUUUGUGACAUUGAUGAGAGGAUUUCGCUUCUACAAUGAAAAAUUUAAUUUUAGCAUCAAUUAGGAUUCACUCUUUGGAAUUACGUUCGUCAUCCUCAUCACCAUUUUCUGUAUCUUUUUCCUCAUCCUCCCUCUUUCUCUCUCGCAUCCGCCAUUUUUAUCUUCAUCUUUGCUUUUCACAAUAUUCUUGUAAGAAUAUUUUUCUCAUAUGUGUUAUUGACUCUUCCAAUUUUCCUUUUUUUCUUUUCUAAUUGAAUUACAAUUAAUUAGAUGUAUUCUCUUUGCUUACUUCCUCAUCAUGAUUCCAAGUAACAACAUAUCAAAGUCAUCACCUUCACUUUCCUGUUUAUCUUCAACUAUUCCCAGCACCAUGGUAAACACAGGAGUUCAUUUGAAUUGUGAUUGUUGGAGAGUCAUUUGUGAUUUACUUGAUUAUCGUUCACUAAUUAACUCUCGUUUGGUUUGUUCUUCUUGGUUUGAAAUGAUUUCUUCCAUAAUCUCUUCAUCUAAAUCAUCUUUAGCCAUUUUCGGCCCAAGUCCAGAGUCACAUCGUCGUCGAAGCCAAUUACCAAUCGGUCGUGCCAAUUGUAAUAUUAACCAUCAUCAAGUUAAUCCAAAUGAUCGUUUAACAAUUAAAUCAAUCAAUAGUUGGUCCCAAUGGCGAGUUCAUAGUGAUCAAAUGAUUAAUUCACUAAUCACUUUGUUACCAUCUCUUCGUGUACUUAUGUUAGAUUGUCUUGGUUUCUGGUUAACUGCUGAUCAAUGGAGAUUAUUGGGAAACUGUUUAACUAAAUUGGAACAUUUAAAUAUUCUUAAUUGUACUCGACUUGAUGAGAUAAUUCAUUUUAAGGGUUCAUCAUCAUUGGUACACUUUGAAAUUCAUCAUUGUUUUUUUGUGGAUCCAAAAAAAUUGGAAAAAUUUCUGAUCAACAAUCAAUCAAUUACAUCGUUAAUUUUUCAAGGUUCAGAAGAUCUUGAAAUUAAUUUAACCUUUUCACCCUGUUUGGUUAAUCAACUUUCAUCACUCUCAUUGAUUGGAUCCUAUUUGGGAACCAAUUUCAUCACCAGUUUAGCUCAAACCGCAACAAUUAACAUGAGUUCAUCGUUAACGGUGCUCCGAAUAUCUUUUGUUACCAAUAAACAAUUAAAAUUGAUCUGCAGCUCAUUGGCAUCAACCCUGAAAAUCUUUGAAUUCUGGUCAAACAUUGUUGAAAUUCGUGAUUUAAAUGAGUUAACAUCUCUACAACAAUUAACUUUCUCCUGUACUGGAACUCGAUCUUCAAACUUCAAUCAAGAUCUUUCACUUAUGACCCAAGGAACUUCAUCAUUAAUUUGUCUUGCAAUCAAAUGUCCCUUUAUCGAUGACACUUCCAUCUCCAUAAUAACAAUUAACUGUCCUUUAAUUGUUUCACUUCGUUUAAUUGGCUGCAAUUUAAGAGAAACAAGUUCAAUCUCCUUGCGACAUUUAAUCCGACUUAAAUCAUUGGAAUUCGUUGAAAUAACCAACAGUAAAAUCGAUACAAUUGGAUUAAGUGAAUUAAUCUCGAAAAUGAAAACACUUCGUCUCCUAUCAAUUCCCAAUAAUCUUAAAUUAUCAUCAAACAAUUUACAACAAUUAUCACCUCAUCAUUUGGAAACCAGUGUUAUCAUUGAGAUCACAAUGGAUGGUCAAAAUCCCGAAUCUUUUAAAAUGAUCAAUCAUCCUAAUAACAAUUCAUCACCAGAACGUAUAAUAAUCACAGGCGAAGUCAGUUAUGAACGAUUUAAUUUUGUCCUUCCAAUGCCAUUGAUACCAAGAAUGUAAAAACAACAACAAUCAAGCAAACGACAAUUUAAUUAUUUUGAUAAAAUAAUUCCCAUCAAUUGCUAAUUGAGAGAAAGCAAAACUUUACCUGUAAAUACAUUAAAUGUAAAUCUGAUGUGAAAACAAUAAUCAAAGGAAACAAUUGGCUAACUCAUCAAUUGAUUUAUUGGAUAGAUCAACAAUUGUGGAUUCAUCAUCAUCUUAAUCAUCUUGAUCAUCACCUACUUAUGAACAUUAAUCAAAAAAAAGAGAUGAAUCAAAAUGAUCAGUUAAUGAUCUUAUAAGGUUUCCAUUAAUAGGCUUAAUUUAAUAUCGACAAAGGUUUCGAUUGGUGAGACGACUCAAAAUCAAUCGCUAUCCAUUUCCAAUGUAAUCAAGUUAACCAAUAGUUCAAUUGUUUCAUGAAAAGAGACAAUUUAACAAAUUAAACGAAGUAUCAAAUUAAA